GUUUCACUGAAAGCUUGAACACAGUGAGACACACAUUCACACACGCUGAGGCGAUGGGGAGAGCUAGAAGUGUGGUCGGCUGGGUUUUGUUGACAGCCCUCGCUGUGCUAUUGUACUGCCCGGCAGCUCUGAGCUCGCUGGAGGAGGAACACCCGGACAGUGAUACCGAAUACGGAGAGUCUCACGGGGAUGGGGAGUCUCAUGAGGGUAACGAGACUAGCUUUCACAUUGUCACCUUUCAUUGGGAGCAUGUGCAAGCCCCCUAUGUCAUCGCACUGUGGAUUCUCGUGGCCAGCUUGGGUAAAAUAGUUUUCCAUCUGUCUGAGAAAGUCACCUCGGUGGUACCGGAAAGUGCCCUGCUGAUCGUACUGGGCCUCAUCCUGGGAGGAAUUGUCUGGGCCGCCGAUCACACUGCCUCCUUCACUUUAACACCAAAUGUCUUCUUCUUUUACUUGCUGCCACCCAUUGUACUGGAUGCCGGAUAUUUCAUGCCCAACCGGCAUUUCUUUGGGAAUCUUGGAACGAUUUUAAUGUAUGCCGUCAUUGGAACAGUAUGGAAUGCUGCUACCACUGGUCUCUCCCUCUAUGGUAUCUUCAAAACGGGUAUUAUGGGACCCCUACAGGCUGGUCUAUUGGAAUUCCUCCUGUUUGGAAGUUUGAUUGCAGCAGUUGACCCAGUGGCUGUGUUGGCUGUGUUUGAAGAAGUCCAUGUAAACGAAGUGUUGUUCAUCAUUGUGUUUGGAGAAUCUCUACUGAACGAUGCUGUCACUGUGGUGCUGUACAAUGUCUUUAGUUCAUUUGUUGCAAUUGGAGGAGAAAACAUUGAAGGCCUGGAUUAUUUCAAAGGCAUAGUUUCUUUCUUUGUUGUGAGCUUGGGUGGAACUGCUGUUGGUAUCGUCUUUGCAUUCCUGUUGUCCCUGGUUACCAGAUUUACCAAGCACGUGAGAGUGAUCGAACCUGGAUUUGUCUUUGUCAUUUCAUACCUGUCCUACCUCACUGCAGAAAUGCUAUCACUUUCUGCUAUAUUAGCCAUUACGUUUUGUGGCAUCUGCUGUCAGAAAUACGUAAAAGCCAACCUCUGUGAGCAGUCAAUCACCACUGUCAGAUACGCAAUGAAAAUGCUGGCAAGUGGAGCGGAGACCAUUAUCUUCAUGUUUUUGGGAAUCUCUGCUGUGGACACAAGAAUAUGGACAUGGAACACAGCUUUUAUCCUGCUCACCCUAGUCUUCAUCUCUGUCUACAGAGUUAUCGGUGUUGUAAUUCAGACCUGGAUUCUGAACCAUUACCGUGUGGUGCAGCUGGAGAUUAUAGAUCAGGUGGUGAUGUCAUACGGAGGCCUGCGUGGAGCUGUAGCUUUUGCUCUGGUGGUUUUGCUGGAAUCCGAUCAUAUAAAAGAGAGGCGACUGUUUAUCAGUACAACCAUUAUUGUGGUGUAUUUCACUGUCAUCUUUCAGGGUCUGACAAUCAAACCUUUGGUUAAAUGGCUGAAAGUAAAGAGGACCCAGCAGAGGGAACCUUUACUCAAUGAGAAACUUCAUGGAAGAGCUUUUGAUCACAUUCUUUCUGCAAUAGAAGACAUCUCUGGUCAAAUUGGACACAACUAUCUUCGAGACAAGUGGACAAACUUUGAUAGAAAGUACCUGAGCAAAUUAAUGAUGAGGAAAUCGGCACAAGUUAGUCGGGAUAAGAUCCUCAGCGUUUUCCGGGAACUGAACCUGAAAGAUGCCAUCAGCUAUGUGUCUGAGGGAGAACGGAGAGGGUCCUUGGCUUUUAUUCGCUCAAGCAGUGAUGUUAACGUUGAUUUCACUGGACCUCGUCACUCUGUUGUGGACUCAUCUGUCUCUGCAUUGCUGCGAGAGAGUACCAGCGAGGUAUGUCUGGACAUGCAAGCGAUUGAGAAUAGAAUGAAGAGUGGAAAGGAUCGAGAAGAAACAGUCACUCACCACAUGUUGCAUCAGCAUCUGUACAAACCCAGGAAACGGUACAGGCUUAAUUACAGCCGACACAAGCUGGCAGUGCGCAAUGAAGGUGAGCAACAGGAUAAAGAGAUUUUCCAGCGCACGAUGAAAAAGAGACUGGAAAAUUUCAAACCCACCAAGCUCGCAAACAAUUAUACCACGAAGUUUAGGAACAUGAAGAAAGAGCGAGCAGCUAAAAAGAAACACAGUGAUGCAAUGUCAAAUGGCAAGGUCCCGGCACAUUCCGUUUCUUUCCACAUUAAUAAAGACUCUGAUGUAGAGGAUCACUAUGAUCAAUCAGACGGAGGAAUUAGUUUCCUCAUUUCACCUGCCCGCAAUGAAUCGGAUGAACCAAUAACCGGAUUCAAUAACCCGGGCUUUUCUACUGAGGAAGAUGAUUCUACUUUCCAAAUGACUCCACCGUGGGUGUCCAAUGAAGAAACAGUAAUUCCAUCCCAAAGGGCACGUUUACAACUUCCGAGGAGUCCCACCAACUUCCGACGCCUCACACCCUUGCAACUCAGCAGUCGAUCCAUUGACUCAUUUUUACUAGCAGACAUCUCUGAUGAGCAUCCAUUGUCUUUCCUCCCUGAAUCAUCAAUGUAACUCUGAAUCAAUCUCAGGUUGUCCUCCAUUACUGAGCCCUCCCAUUUUGGAUGAGAUGUAACUUUCCAGAAAAGGCAGCCAAGUAAGCAAAGGUGAUCUUUGCUCUGAGAGACUUUCUCGCUUUUAUCCCAUCUUAUCUCCAGACAGCAUAUUAUCCAGAGCUAUUCUUUACUGAAGAAUGUUGAUUCCCAAAUCUAUCUAAGGACAUCAGCCACAUCGAAAGCGAGCUGUAUUGAAAUUAUUUUUAAACCAACUAUUGAUGUUUUCAGCAAAGCUUAAUGAAGACCAUCCACUUUGCUUGGCAGCAAAGAACUGCUGUGAAUGUGAAACAGGCUGAGAUGCUGAAAGAAGAGCUGGAAGGACCAGAGGAUGGAAGAACAGAAACCAUAGGUGAAUAAGGAAACUUUAAUGGGUGCAGCCUUCGCAAUCUUUUCACUAGUGCAAGCUCUCUGCAAAAUCCGCCUCUCUGGAAUUCUGGCUUCUCUCCCAGUCGUUUGUCUCAUGUUCCUAGAACAAGAAGGAACAUUAGCUUUAAGCACAUUUGUGCUGUGCUUCACCAGUAAUCGAAGCUUUUAAUUAGUGAGCUGGAUAUCUUCUGAUUAUGUGAUACAUUGCCAGAAAAUGCGUUUCCUGUACAGGCACUGAAAUGGACAGCUGCAAUCUUUAAGACUUUAGAGGGGAGAAUUGGUGUAGCUCACCAAGCAUUUUAAAUGGGAUAGAAAUAAUAUCAUUAGUUCUCUAUGCAUCUAUAGGAAUCGAUGCAGUAGAGGAGCAAGUCUCAUUCCAAUCAUAAAAAAUGCAGGUUUCCUGUUUCGAUGCUUAUUGGGAAAUUGGCUGAUAUAGAUUUUUCCUUCUCCAAUUAAAUUUUUAGCUAUUUUGUUCAGUAAAUUUUUUUUGUUACAGUUCAGAUUGUCAUACCUUAUUUUUUUUAAUAAAAGAAAUAUGUAUACACAAUAGUCAUUGGUGAUGACGUGUUGUAAAACCACAUGAAGUGUGAAAGUUCACUGACUCAGUAAGCCUACUGGUAGCUGGAGGUUAAAGAUGCUUAAGUGUUUCAGAAGCGCAGAUCAUAUUGUUCAGGCAAAUACUUGUAAACCUGACAUCCUGUGCUGGAGAAUAAGAUUUAAUAUUAAUAUUGCUGGUGUCACAUUAUGUGUAAGAAGCAUGUGACAUUGUUGGAAAAUGCAUGUUCAUGUUAUGAGGCUAUAGCUGCCUUGUUUUUCUGACUUUCACAGACUGCUCAAAGUCCAACAUGUGUCACGUUGGUAGAAUACAGGUUAAGAAGAAAUUGUUUAAUGCAAUCAGGGUUUUGAAUGCUUUGUCUAAACUGGAUGAGCAUUUCAGUAUGCCCGUCGCAAUACAGAAGUGUGUAUUCUCAUGGAUGUGCAAUAGUCAUGUUGAGUUCAGAGAGUACUCCGUGACCUGCCCCAACCCCACUAUUUAUUCCCACACGUUGUUAGCCCAGGUAUACUUUACAAAGUGCUGGUGUUCUGAAAUUUAAACAAGUGAGUUUUUGAUACAUGACGUGGGGCAGAGUAUGGCUUUUCUCCACGAACAUCAAGAGAGCCAUCCAUAUCAAGACUAGCUGCAAUUGGUUAUCUUUCAAAUAUUGUGUUCAAUCUUGCCUUUAUUAACCUAUACUCAGGAAAACUCAAAUCCUAUUCUAGGAUUGAGAAUGAACAUUAUUUAUCACAAUAAGCCUCUGAUUAGUGUGUCAAGUGAUUUAAAUUGAUCAAACUGGGAACAAUUGACGAAAGCUGCCAACAUUAUUUGUGGUCAUAUCAAAGGUCAACUCACCGCUGCUAAUUUAAGCAGCAGGGAGAGAAAGGGACUUGCUGAUUGAAGGUCAAUGAAUGCCAUUGGGCUCCUAAUUUCCAUUUGUCCCCUACUCCAUCCCCAUCACUCUUCCAAAUCGCCAUUCACCUUCAGUAAAUAAUGCAAGCUACGUGGUUGUAGAUUUAAUAUUUUACAAAAAGAUGAAAGCAAUCUUUUCACUUACACAUUAACCUAAGUUUCAUUGCUAGGCCGUGUGAUGAUAACAGCAUCACAAUGCAGCGGAGUGCUGACCUAAGAAAUUCUGCUUCAUAGUUUAUUGAUAUUAAGAUUAGAGUUGUGAAUUAUUCUUUUUCCAAUCUCCUUUGAAAUUACACAAUUGAUCCCUGGCCUCAACCAUACCUACCCUGUAACUUGGCACUAAGAAGUAUGUAGGAGUUCCCUAGGAUGAAUAUUUGUAUGCCAGUAGUUUUGACUAUUUUUUGCAUGUUUUCAUUUCAUCAUUCUCUUUAUUUUUAACAAUAGAUUGUUAUCUGGAUAAAGGAUGCUUUUCUGAACCUCAAUAUUUUCUAAUCCUAUAAAUAACAAAUUUUAACAGGCUGAAUUAUUAGUUGCUGAUUUAUUGGGCAGGUAUGAUUAUUGGCUACAAUGAGGGUUUUUCAGGGUUCACUAAUUUGUUUCUAACCCUGUCAUCUUGUGGCGGCCAAUCAAGUGUUGUAUAUGAUACAAAUUUGACAUUUACCACGUCUCUAGUCUGCUCUUGUGAGCUGUACAUUGUAUCAUCCAGGUCUACUCAAUGUCUUCCACAUGUUUUAUUACUGAUUUGUAAUAUGUAUCAUGUUCAAAGUUUUACUAGAUCAUGUUGGAGUUAAAAAUCUAUUUUAAAAUAAAAUUUUAAAAGGAAAUACUGCUUCUUUUAAACUAAUAAAAUUGCAACUGGUUCCUCAGGGAAA